AUGUCGUCUAUCAUAGUAUCCCCUGAGCAAGAGGCUGCUAUAGUCAGUGCCUGUCGGGAACACGAGCGUCAACAUAAGUGGGAGAAGAACUACAGACGCUGUGUAGUCACUGAAGACUUCUUCGUUAAAUUUGGGAGCUACAAUUCAAUAUACCCCCAAUACAUGACGCAGAAGUACAUCUCUCAGCUCGCAGCCAUGAACCCGGAUGCACCACACAUUCCCGAGGUUUAUCACUUCUUCACCGAAUACCUCACCCCAGACUAUCGGAUGGCGUACUUGGUCAUGGAACGUCUCGAGCUUACACCCAUUUCAGACCAGGACCUCUCUCCAAGGGUUUCACGGGCUCUCCAGUGGCUUUAUAGCCUUCCAGCUCCCGCAGAGGCCGCGAUUGGCGGUUUGGGAGGUGGCCGCGCCCGCCAUGUGCUAUUCAAGGACCGCAGGGCGCCCCUAGAUUUCUCGAGUAUAGAAGCUUUAGAAAGAUACAUGAACAAGGCGCGCCGAUUUGUCAUAGCUCGCAUGCAGAUCCGGUUCCACACGCUAGACCCUAUCAACAUAAAACAUGAGUCGUUGGUUUUCACUCAGUCCGAUAUGGACGUGAGCAACUUCGGCGUCGACAAGGAUGGGAAGACGUGCCUUUUCGACUUCGAGACAGUAGGACUACUACCGCAAUCCUUUGUUACUUAUACCAUGUCUCCAGCGGACGGGUCCUUCGCCGCUAAGGUCGCCGGGCACUUGAAUUUACCGCUGUCCCCAAACAUACCUUCGAUGGGAAAAAUUAGUGAACUUCUGUGGAUAUUAAGUGACCCGAAACUUGGUCUUGACAAUAGCGGCAUGCCUAAGAGGAAGCGUUAA